CACUUUAGCAUUUCUGCUUUAUUUUUCCCCCCAUGUUUUCUACAGGCAAACUAGAUAUCUCAGUAAUAAUGGCUCUCACUGUGGUUCCCUGUGUACACACAGUACAAGCUGAACAUUUCAUUCAAGUUUUUAUACAAAAACUUGGUUUUUGUAUAAAAAGCUGUGGUUCCCUGGGGAGUCUCACAGCUUUAAAAAAUGCCAGACUGUUAGAUCUCAAUUUGUUUUUGUUUUGUUUCUCAUUUGUUCCUGAGUUUCCUUGGACCUCUUCAUGAUGUCUCAUGUCAUGAUCAUGAGGAUCCUUUGGUCUACUCCACUUUGUCAAGCAGGUCCUAUUUAAGUGAUUUCUUGAUUAAGUAAUCUGGUGUGGCAGUAAUCAGGACUGGGUGUGGCAAGAGAAAUUAAACUCAGCUUUCCAAAGAUGUGAUACACCACAGUUAGCAUAUAUUAUAACGGGGAGGGCAAUCACUUUUUAACACAGGGCCAUUUAGGGUUGGAUUUUUCCCCUCACUUAAUAAUAAACACCUUUCUUUAAAAAAACUGCAUUUUGUGUUUCCUUGUUUUAUCUAAUAAUUACAUUUGUUUGACAAUCUGAAACAAUUGUGAGCAAUGUUUGUCAAAAAAGUGUGACAAACAUAAAAAAAAAUAGGAUAUCGGGAAGGUGGAAACCCUUUUUCACAUUUUUAGAAGAUUUUUAGUAGACAUCAAAAGUCCUACAAACAUUAAGUUAUGCAUUUUUUCCUAUAGUUUUGUUUAAAUAGUUGUGUAAAAUGGAAAAAAAAUACCUUUCACCUGAAUUUUUGCAACUUUUUCCUCCUCACUUUGUAUCUAGAAAUGAGUAGCAUUAGGCAGAGAGCAUGUUCUUUCCAUUUCCCCUGUAACAAAAUUGCAGCAGUGCGGUUUCUGAUGACAUAAGGAAAGAAGGUCCACCUCUAGCCACAUAAAGGAAGCUGCUCACACACAGACUGCCACUCAACUUGCAGUGCAACAAGUGACACUAAUUACUUAAAACGUUGCGAAACCUGGACAGAGAACUUUAAAAAAAAUCCCAAUUCAGCAAUUUACUUCGCAACGAUGUGUGAUAUUGAUCUCUCUCAAGCUCUGGACUGCUCACCUGAAGAAGCAAUUAAAUCCACCUGCUUUGACAUGAAGGAGGUUGAAAGUGAGAUCUUCAGACUUAAUGAGGGUUUGGAGCUGAUGGUUUCCCACAACAGAAGGACCAUGCAGAGUGUGGCUCUUUUAGUGCUGGGGGUAAACAGGAUGAAAAAGCCACUUACUCAAAGUGACAGGAAGCUCAGUGAUGAUGAUGUCAUGAACAUCAUAGACAGUGUAGUGAAAGAAACUGUUUGGCCUCCCACCAAAGGAACAAAACGAAGGGACUUCCUGCGUGCCAACAGUGAGAAAGCGUUGACACUGUGUGACAACUCUCAGAAAGAUCUUGUCCUGUCAGGAGAGUUACAGCUGCAGGCCAUCACUCUGCAAGGGGGAAAUUGCCACCGCAAAGUGAAUUUUAAAAUGUCGCGGUACAUCCCUUCCGUCCCUCCUGGUGACUCUCCUGGUCUGAUUGUCGUCCUGUCUAUCAACAACAACCUGUACAUGUCUUGCCGCAUGGAAGCCGAUAAAGUUGUGCUGUUUCUGGAGCAAUACCAUGAUGACAUUUUAACUGACAGAGACAUGGAGCGAUUUCUCUUCUACAGGAAAACCACUGGAAUUUCUCUGACCACUUUUGAGUCUGUCAAGUUCCGCGGCUGGUACAUCAGCACUUCACAACAGGAAAACCAGCCCGUUGAACUGUGUAAGGUGGAUGCUGCCAGUCGUCUUACAAACUUCAGAGUAAACUAAAAGAUGUUGUAGGACCCGUGCAUCCACAUGAUUUUUGACAUAAUUACUAGAUGAAGCAAUUAUAUAUAGUAUUGCCUGAGUCUGUAGUGGCAGUGCUCUGUACUUAUUGAAGUAGAAAAGCUAAUGAUCCAGUGUAACCUAUCAAAAGCACUAUUACUUUAUAAUACCUUUACUUACAACAUACUUAAAAAUAAACAAAGAAAAAAAAACUAGAAAACACAUGCCUUCUUUGUUGGAGAAAACUGUAACAGGAUAUUCCUUAAAACUACUGAUAUAUUUUCUUUUUUUCUAAAAAGCUAUUAUUUUCUAUUUGAGUUUAUGCUAUUGCUGUGGCUUUUUAGCUGUUAAUCUUCUGAUUUAAGUCUUCUGCAGUUUUUUUUGUACUAAGACCUUUAGAGGUUAAGCUUUUCAUUUUCUGAUAUCUGCUGGUGUUGUGGGUUAAAAAAAUACUGUUAUGUAUUUAUUUUUUGAAUUUCCUCCUUGUUAGCUUGUAUUUUGUAUUUUUUUAAAACCUCUUUUUGUGAAGAGUCUGUAUAUCUUUAAGAACUUGUAAUAUGUCUUCUCUAACCAGUGUAAGGAUUUUCAGUACCAUAUUAAAACAAGCCAGUGUCCGGCAGCCUCGCCUCUGUCUGCGCCCCAGGGCGGCUGUGGCUACAAUGUAGCUUGCCAUCACCAGUGUGUGAAUGUGUGUGUGAAUGGGUGGAUGACUGAAUGUGUAAAGUGCUUUGGGGUCCUUAGGGACUAGUAAAGCGCUAUACAAAUACAGGCCAUUUACCAUUUACCAUUUUCCGUCUAUUAAAUUAAUGUAUAGUUUCAACUGAUAGAUCUAAUGAACUGAGAACAAAAAGUAAAAUUAAUUAACUGUUUGGUAAGAAAUUGGGUUGUGAGAGCCUACUUUAGGAUUCUGCAAAUAAAUAAUACCCUAAUCUGCUGUACUUCCUACCUACAGAUCUUCCUACCAAACUUGGGAUAUAAUUUGGGAAAUUACUCUUCAUCAGUAAUCCUUUCACUUGAGCAUUGGUUGUAAUAGCCGCAUUGUGAACUUACAUUAAUGCAUUUUCAUGUCAUAGAGAUACGUUCAUUUCUUGGAGAAAUGUUGUUUUUGCAUUUAUUCAGGGUUUAUUCAAGACACUCGCCUACGUGAGCCUUUUCUUCAGAAUAAGCACUAUGUAAAUCUCAAGUGAAGGAAAGAAAAGCAUUGUAUAUGAUGGUAAAUGAUUGACAGAGUGAAUUUUUUUUUAAAUUAGGUUUUGUGAAAUUAUAUAUACUGAUUUUGAUUUAUUUGUAUUUUGUUGCACUAUAUCGUUCAUAUCAUUUGUUGCCUAAAAUCUUGUAACGGCAUGUAACUGCAUUGUCAUAAUUUAUCCAAUAAAGAACGCAAAUUUUACAUAUUUAAAAUUUAAUUUGAUCACCUUUGCUAAUCUUAAAUUUAUUGCACUUGAUCUGUAAAGAACAUUUGUGUUUAUUAUUAUUGUUAAUCGGUGCUGAUAUUUAUGAAAUUUAUAUUUGUGUAAUUGAUUGACUGCUGAAAAUGUCUUGAACAACAUUGAGACAAUGCGGAGACUCUAGCAACCCUUAAAUGUAAUGAGAAACAUCUUUAUUAGGUGACCAACGCAUUUCGGCUAAUGGCCUUCAUCAGGGUCAGUGUAAAAUGUGAAACAGUUUGUGUUCAAAUAAAAGAAAGGAAACAGA